ACCAUUUUGAGAAUUUGUAAUAUUGUGACCUUAGUGUACACUGCUGCUGUCAGUACAAAAGUCCUACAAAAAUAUUACCUACAAUUAAUUGCGCCAUUGCGCCUUUUAGGGAAAAUGGCAAUGCGGUGCUGUGUGCCAUUCUGCAAAACCACGGCGGAGGUCGUCUCCGAAUCCGAGGAGAUUACAUUUCACGAGUUCCCCAGAGAAGUGCAUCUCCGUGCUGCUUGGCUCAGAGCCCUCGGCAAACAAGACACUCUCCUGCCAGAGCCUGCUGUGGUCUGCUCGCAGCAUUUUCUGAACGACGACAUUUAUGAAACAGAGAGUGGCUCAAGGCGGAUUCGUACUGGCGCUAUCCCCUCACCAGUGCUGGUCUGCAUGAUAUGCCUGGACUCUCGCAGCAAGCUGUUUCUGAUGAGUAAAUACCAGUUGGAAGAAGCAUAUGAACAUUUAGUGGGACAUCCUUUGUGUGGUCAAGGAAAGCUCAAACAAACGCUUUGUGUGCAAUGUGCCCAGAGACUGGUGAACUUUAGCGCAUUCAGAGACAAGAGCUUGAGAGCGCGCUCCCUGAUGAUAGAGCUACUUGACAGACAUGAAGUGAUAACUAUACGACAUGUCAAAUUGAUAAGCCGCGUAAAAUACCAACUACAGUCCGACAUUGUCUCGGCGGUGUCGGAGCCCGACUACUGCGAUGUGUACAUAGCACACUCCGACGCGGACGGACGGACAGAACUAGACGCGACUGCCGCAACUGACGAAGCAGUUGCAGUCAAACGGGAAGCCGAGCCAGCCGCCGCCCAAACAGAGUUAUAUCCUUUCAGCCACAUGAUUCCCAAGCCGGAGUCGUCGGGGGACUGCGAGCAAGCUUCGGUCGCUCCUUCGGUACUCGCGACCAAUCACGGAAACGAAGAACAUCCAACUGAUACACACGACGAGUUGGAUAUAUUGUCUUUCGAAAGUAAUACAAACAUUUUGGAAAAUUCAGGGAAAUCCCAGGACCCCUUACUAAAACUGAAGGAAUCGUUGGCGAAAAUAAGUGAUAAUAUCAAUUUGCGAACAGCGAGGCCAAAUGUUCUUUUGAAAAACGAACACAAUUCCCAGGAUAUAUCCUGUACACAGUUAGGAAACUAUACUGACCAGAUGCAGUAUAUCUGUGACGUGUGUCAAAAGAUAUUUCAACGGAAAAGUUCCUUAGUUACCCACAUUAGGGCGCACACUUACGCAAACACUUUCUCAUGUAAGUUAAGAGAGCGCAAAUUCACUCAAAGCAGUUCGUCAUUGAGCCCCAGGAGGACUCACGCUGGCGAUAAGUCUUUCGUGUGUAAGUUGUGCAAUUAUAAAUGUACAGUAAACAGUAGUUUAGUGAGUCACAUGAGGACUCACACUGGCGAAAAACCUUUCGCUUGUAAGUUAUGUAAAUACAAAUGUACAGAAAAUGGUAAGUUAAUAACUAUACGACAUGUCAAAUUGAUAAGCCGCGUAAAAUACCAACUACAGUCCGACAUUGUCUCGGCGGUGUCGGAGCCCGACUACUGCGAUGUGUACAUAGCACACUCCGACGCGGACGGACGGACAGAACUAGACGCGACUGCCGCAACUGACGAAGCAGUUGCAGUCAAACGGGAAGCCGAGCCAGCCGCCGCCCAAACAGAGUUAUAUCCUUUCAGCCACAUGAUUCCCAAGCCGGAGUCGUCGGGGGACUGCGAGCAAGCUUCGGUCGCUCCUUCGGUACUCGCGACCAAUCACGGAAACGAAGAACAUCCGACUGAUACAGACGACGAGUUCGAUAUAUUGUCUUUCGAAAAUAAUACAAACAUUUUUGAAUAUUCAGGGAAAUCCCAGGACCCCUUACUAAAACUGAAGGAAUCGUUGCAGUUCGUCAUCGAGCCCCAGGAGGACUCGCACUGGCGAUAA